AUGACAUUUGAAGAAUUCACUCAGAAGGUCUUAGAAAAAUUCGACAUUUCCCUUCAUGUGAGGAGGAUGCACUACACCCUCAAGUUUAACCCUAGAGUCAUCCAAGAUUUAGAAGAUGAGGAUGACUUGGAUAACGUGGUUUCCCACAGUGAUGACUAUGCAAAUGUGUACAUAGUCGAGUCACCCGGUGUGGAAGCCAUAGAGGCAAAUAUACCGAAUACACAGUUGGCACUUGGAGGUCCACAUCCUACGUUUCCUUCGUCUAAUGCAUCAUGCAAUGCAAAUCCUAAUACUAUGAUGUUAUCAAGAGGUUUUGCAUCGCAUUGUGCAGAUAGUGAGUACACCCCUUUGGAAUCGAAUCGGUUUCGUGAGGCAAUAUUAGGUUCCGGACAUACAUUUAAGAAUGCAGAUGAGUUUCAGAAUGCAAUAUACCAAAUGUCAUUAGCUGGAAGGUUUCAAUACAAGUACAAGAAAAAUUCACCCACUCAUAUGUCAGUAAAGUGUUCGGUUGAGGAUUGUCCUUGGAAGAUAACAGCUCAUGCUGUUGAAGGAAAUGAAAUAUUGCGAGUUUAUACUUACCAAAGAGGUGUUGUUGUUGUUGAAGACGUGUUUAGAACAACUCCGGAAUACCUUCCUCGACAAAUUUGCAAGGAUUUUGAACGUGAUCAUGAAGUUCAAUUGACUUAUAACCAAGCAUGGCAUCUUAAAGAGAAGGCAAAAGAGCGUGUAUAUGGAUCUCCACGUGCGUCCUACGCGUAUUUGCCUUGGUUAUGCCAUAGGCUAAGGGAAAUUAACCCUGGAACUAUUGCCGAGUACACUUCUCAUGAAGGUCACUUCAAGCAAUUGUUCAUUGCCCAUGCAUUUUCAAUUCAAGGGUUCACCAUGGGGUGUCGACCGGUAUUGGCUAUUGAUUCUUGCCACCUAAGUGGUCCAUACAAAGGAGCUCUUUUGUCUGCCAUUGCAUAUGAUGCAGAUGAUGGAAUGUUCCCUCUAGCCUUGGGUGUGGUUGGUUCAGAAAAUUAUGAGGAUUGGCAAAACAUUAGUGGAAAGAAAGGGAAAGAAGAUGCUUUGUUGCUUUUAGACAACAUUGCAUAUGCUCGGUUGGAUAUAGACUACAAUGAGGCGUUUGAAAAACUUGUGCAUUUUAAUGGCGACCUAGCAAGGUGGGUUGCGGAGAAUAGUCCGGAGCAUUGGGCGAUGUCAAAGUUCCUUAAAAAACGUUGGGAUAAAAUGACAACUAAUAUUGCAGAGUCCUUCAAUGCGUGGUUAAGAGAGGAACGACACCAAACAAUUUAUACGUUGUUGAUGAUGCACAUGGAUAAGCUUGUAGCCAUGUUGGACACCCAUAUGCAUGGUACAGAUAAGUGGAAGAGCGUGGUUGGACCCAAAACAAAGGAAAAGCUAAUGUCAAAUAUCAUGAUAUCUGCUCCGAUUACUGUGAUGCCCUAUUUGGGUGGGACGUUCAAGGUUUUUACUGGAGAUGUUUAUUUGGUUGUGGAUAUGCAGCAACAUAAGUGUACAUGUCUAACAUGGAAAAUGUCUGGGUUGCCAUGUCCACAUCAAUGUACUUCCCCUGGUGGAAACCUUGCUCCAAUUCGAGCUCAGAUGGUUGUCUUGAGCCGUCCCCAGCGUCUUACCCCUAAUGAAGAAGGUAGAGGAACAAUUCAUGAAGAUGAUAGUGCCAUAAAUCGUAGAGUUAGUAGGCGUAUAAGUAAUGCUACACAAGAAAGAGAUAUUGAUUCCCGUCAUGAAGGUAAGACUCUUGGAACAAUUUUUCAAGCUCUAGAAGUGAUGAUGGUGAUAAUGGGAGCAGUAGGCGGGGUAGUGGCACUAGUAGGGACAAUAGAGGAGUUGGUGGCACUAGUGAAGGUACUGGAGGAGAUGGUAGCACUGGUGGCGGUUAUGUUAGCCAAGUAG